AUGCACUGUGCUCAUGCACUUGAAGAGUUUCUGGACGACGAAGAAGCUGAACUGCCCAAAUUGUCGAAUUUAAAUAGAGCGCUCUACAAGAUCAAAGAAGCCACGAGACCAGCUAAUCCAGCAGAUCUGCAUUUCGACAUGAAGAGAUACGUCCAAGCAAUACCGAAACAAUUUCUGAGAGGAGACAUAAAAGUUAACACAAGAAACACGUUGGCACGUCAUUUGAUCUUCGCAACCGAUAAGCAAUUGAAACUCCUGAAAACUUUGAAAAAGUGGUUUGCUGACGGGACUUUUAAAUGUACACCUUUCCCUUUUGUACAGCUGUUUAGUAUUCAUGGUUUCAUUGAAAAGAAAGGCUUUAAGAAGCAGGUUCCUUUGUUGUAUGUCAUUAUGUCACGCAGAACGGCUGAAGAUUACAGUACCGUGUUUGAUCACAUCCUUCAGUUGAUCGGACAUCCGGAAGCAAUUGAAUUUGUUGCAGACUUCGAGAAAGCAGUUUGGAAGACAGUACGUGCAAAACUUCCUUCGGUGACUAUACGCGGAUGUGGCUAUCACUGGACUCAAUCACUCUUUCGUUUCAUCCAGCAAAAUGGUCUACGACGAGCUUACAGAACCGACCAAGAAGUGAGAAAUAAAUGUAGGCAGCUGAUGUCUCUACAUUUGAUGCCUCAUGAGAAAAUUGAAAAAAGAUUUAAGUCAAUCCAGCGUACGUGCCGAGGAAAAAUGAAAAAGUUUUGUAGCUACAUUGACCGCAAUUGGAUUAAGAGUAAUACUUGGCCCCCAGUAAACUGGAGCGUGUUUAGACAAGAUGACAGGACAAAUAACGACGUCGAAGGCUGGCACAACAGAAUCAACGAAGGAAAAAACGGCGCUUUCAACUUAUUCCAUCUCAUCGAUCAACUCCACUAUGAAGCUACUCUAAUUAGUCUCCAGGCCAAACUUAUGGAACGCGGCGAAAACCUUAGAAGACGAAACAAGGCUUGCCAACAACUACAAGAUGAUCUUGUUGCUUUAUGGGACCAGUACACCAACGAUGAUCUACCAUCUAAGUUAUUGCUGGAAAAAGUUGCCACCUUGUACGAUAUCUACAAUAAGGCCGGCAAUCAUUUUCAAAUUGUUGAUGAUUCUGAAAGCGAUGUAUCUUCAGAUUAGAUGUACUUUGAA